CUCAGAUUCUCGCGAUAUCUGCGGGCCGGAUCCCUUAUACUUCCUUUUCCCUUCUGCGGCCUGAGAGAUAUCCGAAAAUGGUCCGCUACUCACUGGACCCCGAAAACCCGACCAAGUCAUGCAAGUCGAGGGGCUCCAAUCUCCGGGUUCACUUCAAGAACACCCGUGAGACAGCCCAGGCCAUCAAGGGUAUGCACAUCCGCAAGGCUAACAAGUACCUGAGGGAUGUUAUUGUCAAGCACCAGUGUGUCCCUUUCCGUCGCUACAACGGCGGCGUUGGAAGGUGUGCCCAGGCCAAGCAGUUCGGCUGGACGCAGGGACGCUGGCCCAAGAAGAGCGCCGAGUUCCUCCUCCAUAUGCUCAAGAACGCUGAGAGCAACGCUGAGCUGAAGGGUCUGGACGUGGACUCCCUGGUCAUCGAACACAUCCAGGUGAACAAGGCCCCUAAAAUGCGCAGGCGCACCUACCGUGCCCACGGACGCAUCAACCCUUACAUGAGCUCCCCCUGCCACAUUGAGAUGAUCCUCACUGAGAAGGAGCAGAUUGUCCCCAAACCAGAGGAGGAAGUGGCCCAGAAGAAAAAGGUUUCACAGAAGAAGCUGAAGAAGCAGAAACUCAUGGCACGGGAGUAAAAUGGAAAUAAAGUUGGUUACCUCUUGAUAACAAA